AUGAAGACCAUCUUCGUAUCUGGUGCAACUGGUUUUAUUGCCCUCUAUGUGGUGAAUGAUCUGUUACAAAGUGGUUAUAAGGUCAUUGGCUCAGUCAGAAGUCAAGAUAAAGCUGACCGGUUGUCAAAACAGUUCAAAUACAAUCAGAAUUUGAGCUUUGUAAUUGUGCCUGAUAUUGCCAAAGCAGGCGCGUUUGACGAGGCCUUUGAAAAAUUUGGUAAGGAAAUUUCCGCCGUCAUACACACUGCCUCUCCUUUCCAUUUUUCAACUACUGAGUAUGAGAAGGACCUGUUAAUUCCUGCAGUCAACGGUACCAAGGGAAUCCUUGAAUCAAUCAAGAAAUAUGCUGCUACUUUUGUUGAAAGAGUAGUGGUUACUUCAUCUUACGCCGCCAUAUGCGAUUUUGCUUCUGAUAGCGACAAAACCAAUACUUUUACGGAGGAGUCGUGGAACAUGGUCACCUGGGAAGAAGCAAAAGGAGAUGCCUUGACUGCUUACUGCGGCUCUAAGACCUUUGCGGAAAAGGAAGCAUGGGACUUUUUGGAGAGCAAUAAGGAUACUGUGAGUUUUAAACUCACCACUAUCAACCCAGUCUUUGUUCUAGGACCUCAGCUUUUUGAUGAAAAUGUCUCGAGUCAGCUGAACACUUCCUGUGAACAUGUUAACAACAUCGUUCACUCGACGCCAGAGAGUAAAUUAGAUGAAGUUCUAUUUGGCGGUUAUAUUGAUGUCCGUGAUGUCUCCAAGGCUCACCAGCUUGCAUUCGAAAGAGAAAACUUAGCUGGCCAAAGGCUAAUUCUUUCAGAAGGUAGAUUUACCCUGCAAGAUAUUGCUGACACUAUUAACGCGGACUUCCCGGAGCUUCGGGGUAAGAUUGUCGUGGGCAAGCCUGGUUCGAGUAAAGAAAAAUUAAGCAGUAUAGCUAAGUUGGAUAACUCCAAAACCAAAGCCCUGCUCGGUUUCAAGUUCAAGACUUUCCGUGAAGCUGUAGAUGAUACUACGGCCCAAAUAUUGAAAAUGGAAAAGAAAUAG